GUUGUUCACCCAAUUCAUGAUCAAGUUUUCUAUUUAAAUGCGUAUCACAAGAAUAAGCUCAAGCAAGAGUUUGGCAUUGAACCGUGGACAUUUGAACAAAAACUUGGAGAAGCAGUUUUCAUACCUGCUGGGUGUCCCCAUCAAGUUAGAAAUCUGAAGUCUUGUAUAAAGGUUGCUCUUGAUUUUGUUUCACCUGAAAAUGUGGGCGAGUGCAUUCGCUUGACUGAGGAAUUUCGUAUUCUUCCCCAAAAGCACAGGGCUAAAGAGGACAAGUUGGAGGUGAAGAAGAUGGUUUUAUAUGCACUGGAGAGGGCUGUAGCUGAUCUGAAGGACCUUGAAUGUAAUGACGAAGUCCAGGUUCAGCAAGCACAUUCGAGUAGUGAGCAGUCCUAUUCAAACUAAAGAGGGGUAGAAUAGUUUCAUUCUGUUGCUGCAAUGUGCAUAUGCUUGUGAACCACCUGACUAUAUCUGGUGCCGCAAAUGACUCCUGUGUGUUAUCUAAUCUCUACUGUCAUCAGCCACAACUUUGGAUGCCAAGCACGUUAGAUCUGAUGCAUCUUACAGCUUCAACUUGGAAGCCACUAAGAGACUUGGGGAUUUACAGUGACAUCGCUGCUAUUGUCAAUGUGAAUGAUCUUCGAUUCAUAGGGUAUUGUCUUCUUUUGAAACAUUUGCGGAUCUGAUUCAGUGAGUUUGCCUUAUAAAUCCACUGAUGUUUUGCCUUAACCCCCUCAUUUUGUUGUUUGUACGCAAAACACUCUACCAAAGCUUGCCUCUCAGUCCUCCAAUUGUUGGCAACUGCAUGAUUUCUGCUUGGAGAAUGUAUUUAUCUGUUCUCCUUCCUUUAUGAUAUAGUUCAGACUCUUCUCUUUGAUGCAA